AUGAAUAUCACUAACAGAGGAAUAGUUAUUCCGAUUUUGCUAUUAACUAUCAUCCUAAUUUAUCAUCCAUUUUUUGCUCGAUCCGAAAUUUGCUAUCGAUGUGCUAAUGAAUUCAUUGUUAUGCAUUGGGGACAUUUCCUUCCAAUUCAAGCAGAAGAUGAAUUAGUUGCCGAUUCGGUAUGUAUUAAAAUUGAUGAAAGAUCAGAAGAAGUACGAUGUGUUGGCUCAUGCCUAACAUUGAAUAUUACUGUUAAUGAGGGUAGCAAUAUUCGAACUAUAGGAAUGAUGAGAGAUUGUCAGAAAAAGUACUACAGUCGGGAUUCUUACAACGAUGAAGGAAAUCGUAGAUGCCGGAAUCAAACUGUUCUAAUUCGCCAACGUGUACUGAAUGCCGAAUACUGCUUUUGUUUGGGUAGUUACUGUAAUGGUAAUGGUGAUCCAUUGCAAAGAUCAAUGAGUGAAUUUCGGAAAAUAUCGAAAUACACGAAAAUUCGAAAUAAUCAACGGAAUAGUACCACAAUGGAAUGGUCUUUGUGUAGCGUUCAAUAUUUGAUGCUUAUCUCUGUAGUAUGUUGGAAAUUACAUCUGAUUAGUUUGUAG